GCCGGCGCUAGGCAAAGGGGAGGGCACCCAACUACUACAGUACCCAAGUCGUNCGCGCCGCCGCCGCCUCCCCCCAAAAUCGCCCAAAAUACCACCGAGCCAGACGCCACUACGCCAUAAAAGCAGCCUUCACUCUCGUCUCCUCCUCCGGCGCCGAUCCCCUCCCGAAUUCCGCCAUGGAUCCGGCGCCGAAGGCCCACCCCAUCCUCUCCUACGUGCUCUCCCGCCUCCCCACCCUCGCCAAGGCCCGCCCGGCCGGCGGCGGCGGCGACUUCGACAUCGAGCAGCCGCCCGUGCACACGCCGUCGCCGCGGACGCCCUCCACCGCGGGGGAGUUCGAGCUCGUGGAGCGUAUGCCGGGGCUGCGCCACCCGUCCGUGCUCCGCGCCAUGACCCGCGCCGUCGCCGACGUGUCGGCCGCGCGCUCCGCGCUCCAGGUCCUCGGCCCGCGGCCCGACCACGAGCUCGUCGACUCCUCCCGCGCGAUCGUCGCCGCGACCGACGCCGAGGCCGGGGGCUCGCGGCGGGUCCCCGAGGGGGACCUCGAGGCCUGCCGCGCCGUGGUGCGGCUCGAGGAGACGCACGACGCCUACGAGGCGCUGCUGCAGGAGGCCGAGGGGAGGCUCGAGGCGGUGUACCGGUCGGCGAUGGAGGGGAAGGACCUGGAGGAGCCCGACGGGAGGGACGAAUCGGCGGCGGCAGCCGCCGGGGAUGAUGCUGCGGUGCAGGAGGAGGUGAUCGCGGUGCUGAGGCAGGCCGAGGAGGGCAAGCCGGUGGAGAGCGUCCGCCUCGUGGACCGGCAGCUGCGCCACCUGCCGGAGGCGUUCGGGAGGAUCCAGGGGCUCCGCGUGCUCGAUGUCUCGCGCAAUCAGCUCGAGGUUAUUCCAGAUGCUAUAGGAGGACUUGAUCAUCUUGAAGAGCUUCGUCUUGCUUCCAAUGCCUUGAUUUCUCUUCCUGAUUCCAUUGGACUGCUAUUGAAUUUGAGGAUUCUGAAUGUGGGAAGCAACAGGCUAAGGUCAUUGCCAGAUAGCAUCUCAAAGUGCAGGUCAUUAAUUGAGCUUGAUGCGAGCUACAACGGGCUCGCUUAUCUGCCAACCAACAUUGGGUAUGAGCUGGUAAAUCUGCGGAAACUCUGGGUCCAUAUGAACAAGUUGCGGUCACUUCCAUCAUCUAUCUGCGAGAUGAGAUCAUUGUACCUCCUGGAUGCACAUUUCAAUGAACUAUGUGGUCUGCCAUCUGCCAUAGGGAAACUUUCAAGUCUUGAAAUUCUGAACCUGAGCAGCAACUUUAGUGACCUGAAGGAUCUCCCUGCUUCUUUCGGUGACCUGCUGAAUCUGCGCGAGCUUGACCUCAGCAACAACCAGAUCCAUGCUCUUCCCGACAAUUUUGGUCGGCUGGAUAAGCUAGAGAAGCUCAACCUGGAGCAAAAUCCCCUUUCUAUGCCGCCAAUGGAGAUCGUGAACAAAGGCGUGGACGCGGUGAAAGAAUACAUGUUGCAGAGGUGGCUUGACAUCUUGCUCGAGGAAGAACGGAAGAGCAUCGCAGCAGCGGAGAGCCCUCAAGCACCGACCACUCCUUCGGCCUGGCUGGCACGCAGCGUCUCCUGGGUCUCCGACGUUUCCGGAAGCCUUGUGGGGUACCUCAGUGGCGAGAACAAGACGGAGAAAGAUGCCUACCUGGAUCAGCAGUACUGAAAGCGCUCACCUGUGUGGUGUUUGUGCACCGUGUACAUACUAUAAGCGUUCCAUGCUUACCAUCUCAUCUGGGAAAAUCGUUUUGUGUUCCUGGUGAGUCGAGCCAUACACUCGUGCUAGGCUUGCAUCCCCCAAAGCAGGCUUUGGGGUUUAUUUUGCCCGUUUUAACUUCCGGACGUCCUUUUCAUAGCUUCACUUGUUACAGUAUUAUAUUACUUUGUCGAAUAAUAAUGUGGAGACAAAUAUGACCGGAGAGUGCGCUCAAGAAUAUCAAUGCUUUAGAGCUUUAGGCCUCAA